GAGUAGGGUGGGGGGCAUCAGUGGAGGUGGCCGCACACGUGGGGAGAACGUGCCAGAUGGGCGGUUGUGCAUGGCCGCCUGUCUGAUGUCCGAGCAGCAGGUCCCAGAGCAGGAUGGCAGCACUCACGGCCUGGGCAAACCCAGACGGGGGUCCCGUGGACAGCGAUCGGCAGAAAGUGAGCCGCACCGUGGGUGAAGGCUCAGGGCCAUCGCUCCGUCCCGGGUGAUGGGAAACUAGGUGUGCAGAGUGGGACCAGCCUGGGGUGGACACGUGCAGGCUGAGGAGCCGCAGGGGACAGCGGCCUGAACUCCUCUGUGCCCAGGAGCUCACCCAUCACUGCUGCAGCCCCUCCCUGCACCUCCUGUGGACCGACGGCAGGGCCUGGAGAGGGUCUCUGUGGAGGACCAGCUGCACGGCCUGUGACGGUGCCGAAACGGCAGGGUGCCUGCACCCUUGAUCGUGGUCCCUGUCCCGGACGUUGCUCGUGCUUGAAAUCAUGGGUGCUGUGCACGGCCCGGAAGGCCAGGGGACACACAGGAGGACUUCUGACCUCGUGGGUCACACGUGGGUCCGUGCACGUCUGCCUGGCCCGGGGGCUCCGGGACCAGAAGGCCGUGGCCGGUUUGCACGAGCGCUCGGCCUGCGGCUCUGCACCCGUGCACGAGUGUCUUCGUGCCCCCUGCGAUGACGGGCGUGAAGCAGGAGGCUGACAUGCUGACGGGCCUGCCCUUUAGGAUGUCACUUCCUGGCUGGGCUGUGCUGCCACCCCCGAGCAACCGGAGCACUUCUGUGAGGGGCUGAGCGGGAGUGUGAGCCCAGGGUGCUGCCGGCCGCGCUGCACUGUCCCGUUUACGUGGCGGAGGGGCACGCCGCGCUCCGCAUGGCUGCGGACGAGAAGGGCCCCGCCGCGGGCAGGGCACCCGGCUUCGGCGAGGCGCCUCUUCCUCCCGACACAGCGGCUCCGGCCCUCGGCUCAGGGAGCUGCACCCCCCAGUCCCUCGCCCUGGACCAGCCCGUGCCCGCGGGGCACCCCGACCUCAGGCUGCUGCCUGGAGAAGCCGCUUUCCAGGAUUUGACGGAAGAGCCUUUGUUGAAAAGGCCUCGCACCGCCUGCGAGGCCGUGUGGGAAGGCAGCCUGCUCUUCCACCCCUUUCCCAGGAAGCCGUGGACGAUCGUCCACAGCAGUCGCUUUGCAUCCAUUGGGUGGAAUGAAGACGGGACUUGCAUAGGCGUCAACAGGCCGCUGUUUCAAAAGGAGGUUUUGGACAGGGACGGCCUAGACAAGGUGUUCAAGACAGAACGUGUGGAGAGCUUCAUCCGCCAGCUUAACCGCUAUGGAUUCAGCAAAGUGUACCAGGACAUGCACACGUCCCUCUGCAUGACCAACCUGUCCACGAAGGAGCGGCCCGCCCACGUCCUGAGCGAGGUAAGGAGGGCGGGGGAUGGCGGGGGAGGAGCCCUCUCCAGGGACUGAGCCGCUGGGUCCGGGGGUGGGGGUGGGGGGGGCGGGUGCCAACCCCGGGGCCGCCUGGGACGGCGGCAGGCGUGUCGGGAGAGCUUCCUUUAAAGGUGGUACUUGGGCACCGGCGUGACGGCCGGAGCUGGCAGUGCCGCGCGCUGUGUUGGGACGUUGUUAUGGGGGGACCCGAAGCGUUCUCAGCACAAGGACGUCACUUCUCUCCCUCCUCCUUUUCCCUUUGGUGUGUCUGUGUGAGGUGAUGCGUGUGAACUGGACCCCCUGUGGUGAUCAUUUCACAGCACACGCGGGCAAGGCGUCAUCCUGUACUCCUGACACGUGGGCAGUGCCGCUCGUGCCUGACACGCAGUCACAGCGGGGGACAAGAGGACACUGCUGCAACGCUGGCCCUUCCCGUCCUCCUGCUCG